CGCCACCAGAGUCUAUUUUGUAAGUAUAGCAAAAUGAUUGCAAAUAGAGCACCGCUCGAGAGGGGAGGGGUCCGAAUCUCUGGUGGACGCUCGGCUCGAUAUGCCCAGACGGCAAGAAUAUGCCGGUGACGCGCGAGGCACUCGCAUCCACGCACGGCGUCAAAAGUAGCGGUGAUGGGCCCUUGGAUGGACGUCCCCGAGCGCUUCCUGGACGACUGGUAUCGCUUGGCUGUCCCCUACACCAUCCCAAAUAUCGUCGCUGGGUGGAUUUCGACAGGUCGAGUGCCGCGGGACGGCGGUGAAAGCCGACCAGAUGUGCACGUGUACGCCGCUGCGCACGGCGCCGCGCUGCACCGGCUUCGACGCGACCAAGGCGGGCGAUGUCGGCUAUGUCGCAUACAACAGGUUCAACGUCGCCACCGCGCAGAUCCCCUCGUCCGUGCUCAGCCUGCCCAUCGUCGGCUCGAAGCUCGAGCAGGUCAAGCUGAGCUUUACGCGGCUCAGCUGCGGCGACUAACCAGGUCGAUCAAUGAGCAACACCGGCCCGGACGCGUGCGGCGCGCCUUCCGUCCUUUGUUCAGCGAUGUCCCUCCCCUUUUGUUUCUUUUUUUGCUUUGUCCAUUUAGGAAGCCAAAGAGCCAAGAGCUUUCGCCACCGACCUUUUUUGGUUGCUGCAGAGAGCUACAUAUUCCGCUGCAUGAGUGCGCCCGUCUGCGCCGCUUUAGAGUCCAUGCUGUUAUCCAUAAUCGCAACGCAAUAGCAGCAAGGCCUAGUUUCUUCAUCCUCUGCGGUUGAGAGUCUUCUGUUGGCUGCAGCACGAAGCCGACGAGAGACGCGCUAGCGAGCAAAACAAACCACAAAGGGCUCGCCCAUCCGCCUCUGUCAGCUGACAGACCUUGCUGAGCGGGCGAGGCAUCCCCGGCGGAAUUCCCUUCUCGUCGUCAAGCAACACUCGUUGAGACAUUGGCCGAAUCAACCUAAUAUCUCACGACACGAACUGCAGACAGCCAUGCAGCACCUGUGGCCUCUUAGUGGCUAUGCUGUUUUCAAAGCCAGACACAAUAUAUACAAGAGGUAAGAUCCUACGCGCACUAUCGUACGAAACAAAGUCCCACUUCGGCUCGUAGCCUCCUACCAUAGCAGGCAGGCGUACGUUCCUCGACUUUCUGACUUCAAAG